UCCGUGGACCCAAUAGAGGCACUAGCUGACGCGCGUUGUAUCCAUGCGAUAUCAUCAGAUAUAUCAUUAUCAGAAUAUGCAUUGUGGAGUCAGUUUGUCAGGUUUUCGAACACGUUUAUUGAACUAGCCUGGGUGAUGCUUUGUUAGCUGGCUAGACUAGCAAACUGGACAUAGGGAGAUCGAAAUCGGGGUGUCUGACUCAGCGAGGUCCCACACUUCUGUUACCGGGCGAAGAGGCCUUUGCUGACAGGACCUGUCCAGAGAAGAAAGCUAAUGGGGCUAUUCGACAAGUUAGCAGGAUGGCUUGGACUGAAGAAGAAGGAGGUGAACGUGCUAUGUUUGGGGCUGGAUAACAGUGGGAAAACUACCAUAAUCAAUCAACUCAAACCGUCAAACGCUCAAACACAAGAUAUUGUUCCAACAAUUGGCUUCAGCAUAGAGAAGUUUAAGACAUCAAGUCUGUCCUUCACAGUCUUUGACAUGUCUGGUCAGGGAAGAUACCGGAAUCUAUGGGAGCAUUACUACAAAGAGGGCCAGGCCAUCAUAUUCGUCAUUGACAGCAGUGACAAGCUGAGAAUGGUAGUUGCCAAAGAAGAACUGGACACGCUCCUCAACCAUCCAGACAUAAAACACAGAAGAAUGCCUAUUUUGUUCUUUGCAAAUAAAAUGGACCUGCGCGAUGCGCUGUCUUCAGUGAAAGUCUCCCAGAUGCUGUGUCUGGAGAACAUCAAAGACAAGCCCUGGCACAUCUGUGCAAGUGAUGCUGUCAGAGGUGAAGGCUUGCAAGAAGGGGUAGACUGGCUGCAAGAUCAGAUCAAAACAAUGAGAACCUGAGAGAUUAGGAGGAUGGGAGCUGUGUUGGUGUGACAGUAACCAAGACAAAAACAGAUCCUCUGCGCCCGGUGUGAAGCUGUCCACAGUGGAAGCGGAUGUGGCGUGACCUAUGACCCCGUCCAUAUGGAUCAAUGGCUGACUGUAGUGACCACUCUGAGGAAGGAUUCUUAUUUGCUAUACUUGUGUAAAAAUAUGAUAUGCUUGGAUGUGCUUUUUGGCUGUGUUGCUGUAAUAGUAGGUCAAACUGGUGCUGUUCUCAUUAUGUUUUAUGAGAUCCAAAUUGGGAUAAAUGGAAAGAUAGGAAACACAUACAGAAAAUAACUUAUUUGAAACAAACCCCAUCAUUAUAAACCCUUUUAAACUCUAAAUUAGCACCUUUUUCUUUUUAACUCUAAAUAAGCACCAGUUGAAGGUCUCAGUUGUGGGUCAAAAACUUGCUUAACAUUACUCUUAUCAGGUAUGUUAUAUUGGUGUGAAUAUUUCUGCAAAUUAUCUAAAUUACAGGGGAGUCCUUCCGCAGGUGCCUUAACUGUUUUCCCUUAUACAACCUAACGAAUAGGCUAUUUAUAAUGUAACGAAUAAGCGUCAGAUUGGUAAUAUUUUGAGGUCAAUGCAGGACCAAUAUGAGCAGGAUAAAUUUAUGUAAGGAUAAAGAAAAUGUAAAUUGAGCCAGACCUUUCUAGUUGUCUAUUGCAACUACCAUUGGAGUGGAUUACUUAUGGUUAUUUGAUGAAAAUAUUGAUGAUGUAGACGUAAGUUUUGAUUUGCACAGAUUUUCAGCAUCAGACAUAAGAGUAAGGUUACCUCUUGUUUUUGACUGACAAACUAAUGCUGCAGUUACACAUUUUGGCAUGCUGUUACCCUCUGGAUUUAUUGAUGGCUCGGGUUGCAAAAUAAGGGUCCAUAUAUCAUGCUGACUUCCAUUACAUAUUACUGUGCAGCGUGGGUGAAAUUCACUUGUUUGCCUAUAAAGAACAUUUAUAUAAUGCAGACUAAUGUACCAUUAACAACAGGCCCUAGGUCAAUCAAAUAUUAUACAGCCCUCUUAACUAGGAGAAAAAGGUCAUGUUUAUGUAUACAUGUCAACUGCCAGAAAAAGUUAUCAGCAGCUUCAAGCAUGAUAGUUUUAACAUUCCAGAGACUUGUUUGCAUCUCAUCUAGUUUCAUGCUUGUUUGUACAUCAAAACAUAACAGGCAACUUAGACAUUCUUUCUAGUGCCAUCACUUUGCGGUUUUUUUGUGUGUAAAAGUGUAUGUGAAAGUAAAGAACCUGCACAAAUGGACAGCCAUUGCAAGCCAGUAGUGCUUCAUCAAGCAGCAUUAACCAUCAAAAAAUGCUGCUAGAUGCAAGCUAGAUGGCAGUCUUCUUAAGAGGUUUUUCUUCCUUAUUGUUGCACAGAGUGACAU